AUGGAUGUCUUCUGGGCGGCUCCCCGGUCAUUAGUGUACAACUAUGGCAGCGCUGCAGAAAAGAGCAUGGCCCCUGGAGAGUUCUUCAUUUAUCUCCUGUUCGUAGCUUUCAACAUCAUGCUCACUGCAGGUGGUUAUCUGGGAGCGCCUUUCCUCUUGUCCCCCUUGACCAUGGCCUUCGUCUAUACGUUCUCCCAGACGAACCGAGGAACGAAGACAAGAUUCUGGGUCGUCGACAUCCCGGUGGUAUUCCUGCCAUACGCAAUGCUUCUCGUCGGCAUGGUGACGAACGGGUGGUAUAGUGUGCUGAUAGAUAUCACGGGCAUUGUCGCUGCCCAUACUUAUGAUUUCCUCACACGCAUCUAUCCGACUUUCGGCGGUGGAAGAAAUUUCCUCACUGUCCCCGGCUUCGUGGAGAGAUACUUUACCCACCAUGACCCCAACAGCGGAUACCGAGGAUAUGGAACGGCGAGCCGCGCGCCACGGCCAGCUGGACAACCCUCGUCGGCAUCGACGUCAGGAUCAUCCUGGGGCGGCUGGACCUCUUCGGGUUCUUGGAAUGGCAGAGGCGCUGGCCGGAGACUCGGUUAG